AUGGACAUUUCAAAAAUAUGUAUUCAUACGACACCGGAAAGAACUGAUUCUGUUUCUUCAGUUUCCACCAGUUCAACACCCUCUGAGCAUAGUAAUUCGCUAUCUCCCAUCAAUGUAAAUAAUUCUACAAAGAAUACUAGACAUUCUUAUCAGCUACAGUAUCAACUACAACAUCAAUAUUUAAAAGCCUACGGUGCUAUUGGAGAACAGCAGCAACCACACGAACCGCCUCCAGUUUUGGACUACCCAUCAUUAGAUCAUGCAGAUCAACGCAAUACAACAUCUUCCCCUUCUUUCAAUAAUACAACAUCGACCCCUUCUCUAUUUAAUACUCCAAGAUCUGUAACUCCUCAAUUGAGAUCUUCGCCUUCAAUUUCAUUACCAUUGUCAUAUCAACAAAAUCAUUCUAUAUCAGCGUCAGCACCGUCAUCUUCAUCUUUUUCCUCUGCCUCGCUACCUCAGCCACGAUCACAGCCUUCAUCGCAGAGCCAGCCUCCUCCACCGACACAAUCUAGCCAUCUACCUCCAAUCCAACCAGCACCUCCAAUUCACUCGGUAACUCCAAUACAACCAACGCCUCCAUCUCCAAUUCAAUCUGCAAAAUACUCGACGUCAUCAAACAGCAACAGCAAGUUGAUGCGACAACUGAUUGAACAAUGCAAUUCCAUCUAUCAAAGAAUAGGAAAAUACCGAACCGAUCCAUUGAGAGAAUCAGAGCGAAAUCAAAUUAUAGAUCAAGUUUUUUUCACAGCUGAUGAAAUGCUUGAAUCUCUAAAUUUCCUAAAAGAUCGCUUAGAAGAUGAUGAUCUGAAUGCAAGCAGCUUAUCAAUUGAUUCACCGGCUGUAAACAACAAUAGCAUCAGCAAUAAUGAUAAUAGCAAUGCAAAACAGAUGAACUAUAAACAUGAUGAAGAUUCAGCACCGCCAAGUGGCAAUGAAUCAGCAAUGGAAGAUUACAAGUUGAUUCGACAAGCUCGAAAUCUUCAAAAGAAUGCCAGACCUAAAUACCGACGACGAAGUAGAACCAGCAUGGUGGGCCAUCGGUGCCACUCUUGUAAUACCACUGAUACGCCUGAAUGGAGACGCGGUCCUGAUGGUGCUAGGACCCUCUGCAAUGCAUGUGGCCUACAUUACUCCAAGUUGUUGCGAAAAGGCUCUCUGACUGUACAAACUCACAACUACAUGAUAGAAAGUCCUCCAGAUGGCCCACGGCCCCAGGCGAGAGCUAUUCAAUUUCCCAUCAUUCAGGUCAACAACAACAACAGCAAUUCUGAUAAUAGUACAGCAACACCAUCUCUACCAGCGCCGGCUUUGGUAACGAAAUCAUCGUUUUCAAAAUACAGCACCAGUGCUCGAAUAGAGGAAGUAGACGAAGAGGAAGAAGAACGCUUUGCGACAGACAUGGACAUGAGAUAG